UCAACAGACUAUAUAUAAAAUCCCACGUCCCUACUUUCUCUAUAAAAUAAAAUUGCUCAUCUCUUUUUUAAACCCUAGCCGUACAAUACUUGUAGAAGUUUUAUAUUUUUUCUUCUUCUUCUUUGUUUGAUUUUAAAAUUCUCUUACAAUUACAGAGAUACAGAUCCGACCCGAUUUGGGAAACCCGGAACAAUGUGUUUUGCGAAACCAGAGAUUCAGCCUCAUAGACCCGUGGUGAUAAGAUCGGUAUGGUCGCAUAAUCUCGAAUCGGAGUUCGGUCUGAUCCGAUCCGUUAUAGAUUCGUACCCGUUUAUCGCGAUGGAUACGGAGUUCCCCGGAGUCGUGGUUAGAACGCCGAAUAACGGGUCCGAUUCCGACGACGGGCCGGGUUUACAGCUCCGGCAGCCGGACCGGCACUACGUGGUGUUGAAGGCGAACGUGGACCGGUUGAAUCUGAUCCAGAUCGGGCUUACUCUGUCGGAUUCGGAGGGGAAUUUGCCGGAUCUAGGGACCGACGAGCUUUACAUAUGGGAGUUCAACUUCAACGACUUCGACGUGGCGCGUGACGCCCACGCGCACGACUCGGUCGAGUUGCUGAGGCGCCAGGGGAUCGACUUCGAGCGGAAUCGCGAGUUCGGCGUUGAGUCGACCCGGUUCGCCGAGUUGAUGAUGUCGUCGGGGCUCGUGUGCAACGACCUCGUCGAGUGGGUCACCUUCCACAGCGCGUACGACUUCGGAUACCUGGUCAAGGUGCUGACUCAGCGAGUCUUGCCGAGCGAGUUGCGCGAGUUCCUCGAACUCGUCCGAGUCUUCUUUGGUGCUAGGGUUUACGAUGUGAAACACUUGAUGCGGUACUGUGCGAGUCUCUACGGUGGGCUGGACCGGGUAUCCCAGGCCCUUAAUGUGGGUCGGGUCAUCGGGAAGAGUCACCAGGCCGGGUCGGAUAGUUUGCUGACCCUACAUGCGUUUCAGAAGAUCACCAAAGAUUACUUCGGCAAAGACAAUCCGAUUGAAAAGUAUGCUGGUGUUCUGUAUGGAUUAGAUAUUUCCGAUCUUUAGUGAAAUCUAUAGCUUGUAGAUUUCUGCUUUUGUUUUUCGUUUAAAAAGUAAAUCUUGUAUACAUUUGAUUUGGGUCGUUAAUCAAUUUUCUAUAUUUAUCAUAGUUUGCUACCUUUAAUUUA